UGCCUGCUGCAUUCUCUCUCUCUCUCUCUCUCUCUCUGCUUAACGUGCGCCCGAGAUCCAGCUGCGCAGGCUAUCGGGAUCCCCCAUUCGAAGCUUAUCGUGCGCCGCCGCGGCUUCCUCUCCAUCCUGCAAGCUUCCGCACUCGAAGAUUUAGAUGAAGGCCCGCCCCUUCCUGUAACUUUGGUACGAUGGAUCCUGAAGGCAAAAAGUUUGGAAGAGGGCCAAGGGAGCUUACUGGUGCUGUUGAUCUUAUAAAUCACUACAAGUUGUGGGCACACCAUGAUUUCUUUUGCAAGCGAGCACUACCUUUGGCGAUUUCUGAUACGCACUAUCUUCACAAUGUGGUGGGAGACACUGAAAUCAGGAAAGGUGAAGGGAUGGAACUGGAUCAGCUCUUUCAGAACACCUCGUACGUGAGAGAGACAAAUGCACACAUACAGCCCUUUGACCUGGACACUCUCAGACAAGCGUUCCAGCUGAGAGAGACAGCCCCCAUUGAUCUACCUUCUGCAGAAAAGGGGGUUCCAACCAUUGGUGGGAAAGUGAAAAGCGAGUCCAAAGAUAAGGAGAGGAAGCAUAAGAAGCACAAGGACAGGGAUAAGGACAAGGACAAGGACAAGGAGCACAAGAAGCGCAAACAUCGUCACAAGGAUCGGAGUAAAGAUAAAGAUAAGGAGAAGAAGAAGGACAAGAGCGGGCACCACGAUGCUGGUGCUGAUCACACAAAGAAGCAUCAUGACAAGAAAAGGAAGCAUGAUGGGAGUGAAGAGCUUUCUGAUGUUCAUAAGCACAAGAAAAGUAAGCAUAAGAGCUCUAAGGUGGAUGAAAUGGGAGCGAUAAAGGUUGCUGGCUGAUAGUUGCAAUGGUCUCUUGAAUUUUAGUAUCUCAUAUUUUUUUGUGCAUUUGAUGAUUGGAGGAAUGGAUUUUCUGGUUUUGGUCUCAACAUUCUCGAGGUUAUUCGCGAGUGGAGAGGCCUAUGGAACAACAGGUGGGAAGAAAAAAACCCAAGGAGGAUGAAAUUGCAGUCGGGGGGUGUAUCAUUACGCUAACAGUUUUACGGAUUGGUGAAAGUGGCAGUCUUUUGUAUUACAAUAAGGGUUUUACAGAACUGGCAGUAAUGCACAGCUAACUUUCUCAUUUUUCAUGGGAUAUUGUCAGUGUCUAAGCACACUCUUUCUGUACAUUAUCAUAACAUUUCCCUUUUUUUCAGGUCCAAAGCCGCCCCCACCCACCACCAAAAAAGUGAUUGAAUUUCAAUCUCAGCUUUUGAGAUAAUAUAGAUAGUGGGAAGAACGGUGUAUUAGACGAGUCGGGUGUCUAAGCAUCCCUCUUUCGGGUCUUUUAGAAAUGAUUCAUUCAUGGCGGAUUGACUUUUGUAGCUUUUGGGUUUUAUAGUGUAAUAGGGAAAACAAGGGCUGUAUUAGAUGAGUUGGGUGUCAAAAGCACUUGUAAAUUAUCAUGGCACGCUCCCACUUCUCAGGUCCAA